UUACAUCCGACUUUUGUAAUUUGCAUGCUAGCAAAGGUAAACAAUAGAUAGAAGGAAGUGCAGAUAGAGCUGUGUGAUCUUUAACCUCUGCAUAUAAUAUGAAUUCAUAUAGUUAGAAAUAUUUUACUGUUGUAGUUGAGUUAUUUUUUUACUUCAUCAUGACUUCACGCGAAUUUGAUGUUAUUAUUUUCGGAGCUACGGGUUACACUGGGCGAUAUGUUGUAGAAGAAUUAGCUCUAACUUCGAAAUCAACUAAUAUAAAAUGGGCAGUGGCUGGCCGAAAUAUAGAAAAAGUCAAAGAAUCUAUUGAUAUUGUCCAAGAGUAUCUGAGUGAUGAAAUUGACAUCAGUAAGAUUACAAUCAUCAAAGCUGAUGUUAAAGAUGCUUCAUCAAUAUCUGAUAUGUGCAAGAGAGCACGUAUUAUCCUGAAUUGUGUUGGACCGUACAAAUUUUUUGGAGAAGUUGUUGUUAAAGCAUGUAUUGAAAAUGGAACACAUCAUGUGGAUCUAAGUGGAGAAAUGCAGUUCUUAGAUAUGACACAAGCAAACUACUUCAAAGCAGCACGUGAAAAGGGUGUUUAUAUCGUGGGAGCAUGUGGAUUUGAUAGCAUACCAGGAGACUAUGGCAUUUCUUUAUUAAAGAAGAGAUUUCCUGGUGACUUAAAUUCCGUUGAAUAUUUUGUUCAAAUAGGACAGGGACCUAGUGGAAGAAGCACAAAUAUUGGAACAUUCUUAUCAGCUGUUCAUUCUGUAACAGAUUUUUUUAGAAUCAGUCAAUUUGAUGCUGCUCUUAAAAAAGAAGUCUUCAAAAAAGAUUUAAUAAAAAGUGACUAUCCAUUGUACAAAAGACUUCCACCUCUAUUUUACAGUGGUGAAGUGAAAGGUUGGUGCCUUUGGUUUAUGGGUGCUGAUGAGCGCGUCAUAGAAAGAAGUCAAAAGUUUCGUUAUGAAUAUUUAAAUGAGCGGCCAAUUCAGUCAAAUGGUUAUGUUCGAAUGUCUUCAUUUUUCAGUGCUCUUUCUAUGAUAUUUCUAUUUAGUAUAUUUGGAUUCUUUUCUUUGUUUUCUUUUGGUAGAUAUUUGCUUGCUAAGUAUCCAUCUUUUUUCACUGGUGGUAUGUUUUCAGAGGAAGGUCCAACUAGACAACAGGUAAUGGAAGGCUCGACUACAGUAACACUCAUAGGAAAAGGCUGGAGAGACAAGUUAUCAGAACCUACUGAUAAACACACAACUAGUCCUGAUACUAAGAUGAAAUUAACUAUAAAAGGGCCAGAACCUGCUUACGCUCUAACUUCAAAAUGCUUGGUUCAUGCUGGACUGACAGUUAUUGAAGAGACUAAUAAAUUGCCUCUGGAAGGUGGUGUCCUUUCUCCUGGUAUUGCCUUUGAAAACACUAAUUUGAUUGAUAGAUUAGAGAAAAGUGGUGUGAUUUUCAAGUUUGAAAACAUCAACUGAAGAUAACCUACUGCUCACUUUCAUUUAAAUAUGAUUAUGCAUCAUUUUGUGAUUUCCUUUAUGUACUUAAUUUUCUACAUUCCAGUUAUUGAGCUUUUUUUAAAAUCUGUUUUGAUAAUAUAUAAGAAAAUGUUAACUAUUUUAAUAAAAUCAAAUUUUAAUAAGAUCUAUGUGACAUAAAAUUUAAAAUGAUCCUGUGAUAUCUUUAAUAAAGCAUUUUUUUUUUUUUAGAUAAGUGAUUACUAAUUAUAAUUUAUUGCUGAUUUUCAUGCAGGUAAAAAUAAAAGUCUUAUUCUCUCCCUCCCCUCUAUAAAAAUGAAAUUGACCACAGUUGUGUUUAAAAAUUUAUCUGCUAGAUUAAUGGUUGAGGUUUAAAAAGAUAUGCAAUUGAUUUCAAUAAUACAGUGAAAGUGUUUUGAAAACCAUUUUUAAUUUUGUAAGUAAAUGACAAGUCUGUAUUUUUUUUUUUUAAUAAAAGCAAAUAAAUAAACGCCUCAACCUAAAAUUGAAUUAAUCAGCUCUUGAAGAUAUUAAAAGUUCUGUUUAAAAGUUAUUACAUGGAGCUUAAUAAAGAUCACUUGUGUUGAAAUUUUAUAUAUCAUAAUAUUGUAUUUUAAUGAAAUCUUGAGAUUUUGUAUUAGGACAGAGACAUUGUAUUUAUUAUUAAAAUUUGAAUGGUGACUUUUAAACUAAUGACAAUAUAUCAGCUGUGAUAAAAUAUGAUAAAGCUUAUAUAUGUAUAUAAUAUGUGUGUGUAUUUCAGAUUUUAAAAAAAGUUGUUUUAACUUUCUCUAACAGCAAGCAUGUUGUGAAAUUUCUUG